CUGCCAGCCUCAAAGUGUCUUAAUGCUACAAGACGUAACAAGUGGAAGAUUCUGCAUUCUGCUGCAAGAACACAGAGCACCGGAGAUCUUAGAAUGUCAGCAUUCGAUAUCGCAACACUGCCGGAGGAUCAUUUCCAGUGUUCCAUCUGCGAGGACGUCUUCUCUGACCCAGUCAGCACGCCCUGCGGCCAUAACUUCUGCAGGACCUGUCUGGACACGCGCUGGGAUGGCGGCGAGCUAUGCCACUGCCCCAGGUGCAACAAAAGGUUCCACGUGAAGCCCGAGUUCUCGACAAAUGCCGUCAUCUCCGAGAUUUCCGUCCAAAUAAAGAGGAGGAAGACGCAGGCGCUGGAGAGCCUGGAGGCGCCGGGGCAGGUGACGUGUGAUGUGUGCACGCAGUUCAGGUUCAAGGCCCUCAAGUCCUGCCUGGUGUGCCUGACCUCGUACUGCGAAGCACACCUCGAGCCUCACCAGAGAGUCCCCUCCCUCAUGAGACACAAGCUGACGGACCCGGUCCAGAACCUGGAAGAGAGGGUUUGUGAGAAGCACGCCAGGAUCCUGGAGUUUUUCUGCAGGGACGAGCAGGUGCUCAUCUGUCUGCUGUGCUUGGAGACGCAGCACAAAGACCACGAGGCGGUGCCCGUCGAGGAGGAAGGAGCUCAACAGAGGGAAAAUAUCGAGUCCAAAAAAGCCAAGAUCAAAGAGAUGAUUGAUGAAAGGACCGAAAAGAUUAAGGAGUUCAGUGAAUGCUCUGAAAUGAACAAAGUGACAACACAGAAGGAGAUCGAGGAUUGCGAGAAACUUUUCGACACCCUGAUGGACAAAGUGAAAGAGAUUCACAGCAAAGUGAAGUCAAACAUUGAUGAGAAGCUCAGAAAAUACCAGGAGAGAGACCAAGCGAUGAUUCAAGUGCUGAGAGGGGAAAUUGUGGAACUGCAGAAGAAACAAUCGCAUCUGGAGGAGCUUUCAAAAAAUGAAGACCACCUUAAACUUAUCCAGACUUUGCGGGCUCUAAACACCACGUCAGAUGCCCAGGACUGGUCCAAUAUUAAGGUGUACCCGGAUCUGUUCAUGCAGACAGUGAGGAGAGCCAUGUCUCAUCUUGUCCAUGCUUUUAAAGUCGAACUGAAAACUCUGAUGAACACAGAGCUGACCAGGAUGAGACAAUACAAAGAAUCGGUUACUUUUAACCAAUCCACUGCUGGUGCCGGCCUUGUGGUGAUGGAGUUUGGAUCGCGUGUGAAAUUCCGCAAAGUGAGCGCGGACGCCUUGACAUCCGACGACGAGGAGCGUCUCAGCUGCCCCAUGAUUUUCGGGACGAAGGGCUUCUCCUCGGGCCGGCACUACUGGGAGGUCCAAGUGGGCCUGAGAAACAACUGGGAUGUCGGGGUCGCCAAGGAGACGGUGGAUAAAACCGGCAGGGCAGCGAUCAAAAAAGAGAAUGGAUUCUUUGCCAUAGGAAAGAGGGGAUUUGACUACCAAGUUCACUGUGCGGGCUAUACAGUUCUCCACCUCUGCCCUCGGCCGAGAAAAGUGGGGGUAUACUUGGACUAUGAGGACGGCAGAGUGUCUUUCUUUGAUGUGGAUCAGAAGCUACACAUCUACUCUUUCUUGGGGGAGUGUUUCUCGGGGAAACUUUUCCCAUACUUCUAUCUGUACAGCAGAGCAAAGAAAUCUGAGGCUUUGGCUAUUAGCUAUAUAUACUAAGAGCAUCUCCUCGCUCUUAUUCCUUUUGAAAUAAAGAAAAAAAUGUAGUGAUAUUGCUGUUACCUUAUCUUAAUAUAACCAAUUUUAAAACUUAGUUUAAACAGUUUAAAAACACGUGAUCCAGACAUCUGGUAUUUUCUGUGGAAUGCUUUAUACAUGUACCAAGUUGUCAGUUCAGCUUCUUUCAUUAUAGACAAAAUAUUUAAACCAGUUUGGUUUCACUUCUCCUUCAAUACAUGACAAAAGAACAUUGCAAGAUAUGAUACAGAAGUCUUAUGAUUGGCUAACAUCAAAUUGUAUUUUCUGAAAGAACUCUAGUUCUGAU